AAUAAAAAAAAUAUUUUCCUUCUAAUUUACCCAAAAGAAGUUUUAAAACAUUUAAAAACCAAAAUUAAAAAAUAAAAAACACACACAAAGUGUUGAAUAAAAAGAACGUAACUAUUUUAAAAACUGUUUAAAAAUUUCAAAACCAUUUAAGAGUUAAAGUGUGGGUCUGUUAAAAAAUUUUCCCAUUUUAAAAUGCAACCCCUUAAACGUUUUACACAAUGUGGCAGUUUGACCAUGCUAUUUGGCGUUUUCAUUAUUUUAUUUGGUGUCAGUUCAACAGCUUUAACUACAUUUGGCAAAUCCAGCAAUAAUCCACCACCCACACCCGGUCCAAUUGUCAAAGGCCGUGAAUGCAAUACACAUGACGACUGUGCAGCGAUAGAAAGAUCAAGUUGUGUAAAAGAUCCGGAUGAUUUAAAGUUGCGUUGUUUGUGCGGAGAUGAUACACCACCUAAUAAUGGUCUAUGUGCAGAUGUUUUAAAGGGUCUACGCCACAAAUGCGUCAGUAGCAAUGACUGUGAAGAUGGUCUAGUGUGUCAGUAUGAAAAUUCAAAUCGUACCAUUGGUGUGGCCAAGUUUAUGUCAACAAAAGCUAAAAUUUGUUUAUGUGAUAAUGAAAACGGUUAUUUUGAAGAUUUAGUGCAUGAUAUUUGCAGUGGCGCGGCAAAUCUUAUUAUAUCAUUUUUAUCGAUCGUGAUGCCAUUUGUUAUUUAUGCCAGCUUAAAGAGUUAUUUCUAAAACAAAUAAUUGCUAAUAUUACUUUUUUCUUUUAAUUGUAUCUUAUGUUUUUUUUUAUUUAAAUGUAGUGUAGUAAAAGCACACAUUUUUUUCCAAUUUUCAUUGCAAACAAA